AUGCUGUCCUUUCGCCCGACGCUCCUUACCAAGACGCCGCAGGAGCAUCUGAGGGACCAGUGGCAGGCUCAGGCGAACGAGGGAUGUUCAAAGGCGGCGACGAAAGUGCCCGAGGGACACAUCCGCGUAAAGCUGUACAUCGACUUCGACAACGAGACGGCAAAGCUUGACGAAGACUUCGCGGGAAUGAGCGGCGCGACGCUCAUCGACGACUUCAAACCCGAGCCAGAUGGGGGCGGGCUCAACCUCGCGCGCGUGAUGCGUAAAUGGGGGAUGGCGUCGUGUAUGGCCAUCGACCCCCGACGAGACGUCCCCUUUCAAAGCCGAUACGAGAACCACCUGUCGUCGUUAGCGAUAGCGACGCUCUUGGACACCGAGGGCAUGCUCCGCGUGUUUGAGCCAGUCGUGCCUCCAGAGAUCCUCCGGGCGCGCCAGCGGCGUAUGCAGGUCGUGCGGCGUCUUGACCCCGUCGUGCGCGUCUGGCGCUCCUGCGACAAGCGCGACGUCGCGAACGCCCUGUGCUUCGUGUACCUCGUGUAUACGGGCAGAAUAUGGAACUACGUCGACAUGGUGCUGAACCUGGGCAUGCGGCUAUCCGAAGGCUGAAAUCUGCGUGGUGGGCUGGGCUGGGCUGCCCGCGCGCGCGAAUGUGGCAGUUUGGGGUCGUUGGUUUCUCGCUUGCAUGGGGACACUGAAAGUGCUGAACGGGCGGAAGCGUAGAGGUUGUUACUGUAUGGUUGAUUUAUUGGCUCGUAAUCACUUUCGCAUACGCAUAUCAUAGUCUGUACGCACCAUCUGCAUUUGCGCAUUUUUGUAUUCUAUGUACAUAACCUAUCAUACACACGUUUUCC